AUGAAGAACAUCUUCGCAUCAGCAACAUUACCUCGUUCAUCAGCUUCAUCGAUCAAAUCAACCACAUCAACUGCUCAUACAAUCUGCAAAACAACCGACGGCUUCGGCGGCAGCACAAACAAAUUAGACGAAAAUGGCGACACCAAAGACCCCCGCGAUGUAACUAAUAAUAGUUUUAAUCGAUUCGAUCCUAAAUACAUAAGUAUAGGUCCAAAAGCGGUCCGGGGAAAUAAUAAUCUCAAUAUUGUGGCAGCGGCAACAGCAAACAAAUGCGCCACUUUGCGUCAUGUGGGUAGGUAUGGUGGGUCCCUCAAAGGCGUAACGAGUCCUAGUCCAAAUUUGCGAAGCGCUAAGACACCCAGCAUUGCAACUGUUUCCAAGGAUUAUUGCAAUCAACCAGAUUGCAUACCACCCUACAAGAAAACUCCAACAACGAACACUUUCACAGACAUUCCAGGUACUACAGGUGUGGGCAGCUCGAUUGCAGCCGCAGCUGCUAAAAAGGAGAGUGAGCGACAACAGCAAUUACAACAAUAUCAUAAUCAACAACAGCAACAACAGCAGCAACAACAGCAGCAACAACAACAGCAACAACAACAACAACAACAGCAACAACAACAAAUACAACAGCAGCAAUUACAGCAGCAACCACUGCCUUCGGUGUAUAGCAUUGAAACAGUGCCCUAUCGGCCACCACCACCAAGCCAACCAAAUCAAAAUGCUACCUCUAUGAUGCAGCAAACCCAGCAGCAACAGCAAUCUCAGCCGCCACACCAACAGCCCCAACAGCUGCAACAGCAGCACCAACAAUCACAAUCCAGACAACAGAUGAAACAACAAAAUUCAAUAGUCAAUCAACCGCUUCCCGAUAUCCCACAACAUCAACAACAACAUUCAACGAAGAUCUCCCAACAGCCACUUUGUGCCGCGAAUUUGAACUCAUACCGCUCCCUCCAGCGUCCCACUUCACAAAAAUUACAAAUUUCUAACGCCCGAAGCGCUGAUCUACUAAACAAUCCACAAUCCUACACAAUACAAAACCAACAGCCGCAACAAAAUACCAAGAUUACUCCACCGACCCUACCACCAAAGAAUCGCCACAAAGAAGAUCGGUCGUCCUCGCGACAUUCCAAUGUAAAUCCGCAAACCCUGCCUCCAAAAUCUUCAAGCCUUCGUCAGCAACAACAACAGCAACACCCAUCGACACAUAGCACUUUUGGCUAUGAUCGUGGCGGCCAAAAUGUGGCGCAUCAACCAGAACGAUCCCGACGAAGUGAGAGCCUAGAAAACGCUAACAAAUCUUCCUCAGGAAUGUCUUACAUGGAGCAAUAUAAAACCAGUUCGAAGCAUCAACAACAAGAACAACACUACCCGCAAUACCAACAACAGUCGUCAUCUUCGUCGCACCGUCAAGCCUCGAAUGUCAUCUCUACAGCCUCUUCUCACCACAGCAAUGCUAAUUCUUCCUCAUCUGGCUAUCAUCAUCAAAGUAGUAGCAAAAACCACUACGACCCGCAGCAACAAAAUGCCUAUUAUCGAUCUCUUAAACGUGGUGGAUCUCACGCCAACAACGACCUCUACUCCGUUACCGAAUUGUAGGAGUGU